AUGACGUCGUCCGGUGCAUCAAAAGGGACCGAAGGCAAAUGGCAACUGAGCCCCUACGAGCAUCAGCGGACAGCUCAAGAAGUCAUCGCAGACGCCACGGAAGAGGUAGCCGCGCAUGCCGACAGCAUUCGCAAUGAGUUCACGUGCGCCAUAUGCCUAGGCUUGCUGCAGGACACUGUCGCAAGUACAGAGUGCGGCCACCGGUUCUGUGAGAAGUGCAUCACUGCGGUCCUCCUCAAGAGCAACAAGGUGUGCCCGGUAUGUCGCGCCAGGAUCCCGUCGAAGCGAUGUCUGCGACGUGACCAUCGCAUGGACAGUAUUAUCGCUGCACUCUACCGUAACCAAGAGCAACACGGCGCGGCCCACCUGCAUCCUCCGGCUGAGCCGCCAGAUUGUCCGCUCGCUCAAGCAAUUGAAGAACACGACGCCGAGGACGGGUAA